AUUGGUGAUCUGACAGCUCCCCCUCCUCACUGGAGCUCCGAGCAUUGGCGGGCUCUGGCGCAUCAUCUUGCGAUUCUGCAGCGGCGCCAGGCUCUACGGACAGAAGUAUGGCGGGUGUAAACGCUUCGGGACCCGGCUCGGUUUCGGCCGCUGGUCCCGUUCAACAGGGACUAAAGGAGGCGCUCAUAGAAACGCUGACGGCGAUCCUGUCCCCCGUGCAAGAAGUACGAGCUGCUGCCGAGGAGCAGAUCAAAGUACUGGAAGUGACUGAGGAGUUUGGAGUUCACCUGGCGGAACUGACCGUCGACCCCCAGGGAGCCCUCGCGAUUCGACAGCUGGCCUCUGUCAUUCUGAAGCAGUAUGUGGAGACGCACUGGUGCUCCCAGUCGGAGAAGUUCCGGCACCCAGAGACCUCUGAGCGGGCGAAGGCGGCGAUUCGGCAGCUGCUCCCAGGCGGUCUGCGGGAGGCCAUCAGUAAGGUGCGCUCCAGCGUGGCGUACGCGGUGUCCGCCAUCGCGCACUGGGACUGGCCCGAGGCCUGGCCCCAACUCUUCACCCUGCUCAUGGACAUGCUGGUCAGCGGCGACAUCAACGCCGUGCACGGAGCCAUGAGAGUUCUCACAGAGUUUACCCGUGAGGUCACGGAUACGCAGAUGCCGCUGGUUGCCCCGGUGAUUUUACCAGAGAUGUACAAGAUCUUCACCAUGGCCGAGGUUUACAGCAUUCGCACACGCUCCAGAGCCGUGGAGAUCUUCACCACCUGUGCCAACCUGAUCUCUGCCAUCGAGGAGCUGGAGAAGGGUGCAGCCAAAGCCCUGAUAUUCCCUGUAGUGCAGCAGUUCACCGAGGCCUUUGUGCAAGCGCUGCAGAUGCCCGACGGGCCGUCCUCCGACAGCGGACUCAAGAUGGAGGUCCUGAAGGCGGUGACGGCCCUGGUGAAGAACUUCCCCAAGCCCAUGGUGACCUCCAUGCAGCAGAUCCUGCCCAUUGUCUGGAACACGCUAACCGAGAGCGCGGCUUUCUAUGUCCGAACGGAAGUGAACUACACCGAGGAGGUGGACGACCCUGUCGACUCUGAUGGGGAGGUGCUGGGCUUUGAGAACCUGGUGUUCAGCAUCUUUGAGUUUGUCCACACCCUGCUGGAGAACAGCCGAUUUAAGAGCACUGUGAAGAAGGCCCUGCCUGAGCUCAUCUACUACGUCAUCCUGUACAUGCAGAUCACCGAGGAGCAGAUCAAGGUGUGGACGGCCAACCCUCAGCAGUUUGUGGAGGACGAAGACGACGACACUUUCUCCUACACCGUGCGCAUCUCUGCGCAGGACCUGCUGCUGGCAGUGGCCGCGGAGUUCCAGAAUGAGAGCGCGGCAGCGUUGGCUGCAGCCGCUACGAAGCACCUGCAGGAGGCAGAGCAAGCCAAGAACAGUGGGAAUGAGCACUGGUGGAAGAUCCAUGAGGCCUGCAUGCUGGCGUUGGGCUCGGUGAAGAGCAUCAUCACGGAGAACGUGAAGAGCGGCCGGGUCCAGUUCGACAUGCACGGCUUCCUGGCCAACGUCAUCCUGGCGGACCUCAACCUGGCGGCCGCGUCCCCGUUCCUGCUGGGCCGCGCCCUGUGGGCCGCCAGCCGCUUCACGGCCGCCAUGUCCCCCGAGCUCAUCCAGCAGUUCCUCCAGGCCACCGUCAGCGGCCUGCACGACAGCCAGCCGCCCUCCGUCAGGAUCUCCGCCGUGCGUGCCAUCUGGGGGUACUGCGACCAGCUGAAGAUGUCGGAUAGCACGCACGUGCUGCAGCCCUUCCUCCCCAGCGUGCUGGACGGCCUGGUGCAGCUGGCGGCCCAGUUCAGCUCCGAGGUUCUGACGCUGGUGAUGGAGACGCUCUGCAUCGUCUGCACGGUGGACCCGGCCUUCACCACCGGCGCCGAGAGCAAGAUCUGCCCGCUCACCAUCGCCAUCUUCCUCAAGUACAGCAACGACCCGGUGGUGGCGUCGCUGGCGCAGGACAUCUUUAAGGAGCUGGCGCAGAUCGAGGCGUGCCAGGGCCCCAUGCAGAUGCGGCUCAUCCCCACCCUGAUCAGCAUCAUGCAGGCGCCGUCCGACAAGAUCCCCGCCGGGCUGUGUGCAACGGCCAUUGACAUCCUGACCACGGUGGUGCGGCACACCAAGCCUCCGCUCUCUGAGAUGCUGAUCUGCCAGGCCUUCCCUGUGGUGGCACAUUGCACCCUGCACACGGACGACAACGCUACCAUGCAGAACGGCGGCGAGUGUCUGCGCGCGUACGUCUCGGUGGCGCUGGAGCAGGUGGGGCAGUGGCGGGACGAGCAGGGCCGCGGGGGCCUCUGGUACGUGAUGCAGGUGGUGAGCCAGCUCCUGGACCCGCGCACGUCCGAGUUCACGGCGGCCUUCGUGGGCCGGCUGGUCUCCACGCUCAUCGCCCACGCCGGCACGCAGCUGGGCGACAACCUGGACCAGAUCCUGCGCGCCAUCCUCAGCAAGAUGCAGCAGGCCGAGACGCUCAGCGUCAUGCAGUCCCUGAUCAUGGUGUUCGCGCACCUGGUGCACUCCCAGCUGGAGCCGCUGCUGGAGUUCCUGUGCAGCCUGCCGGGCCCCACGGGGAAGCCCGCGCUCGAGUUCGUCAUGACCGAGUGGAUGAGCCGCCAGCACCUGUUCUACGGCCAGUACGAGGGCAAAGUCAGCACGGUGGCGCUGUGUAAGCUGCUGCAGCAUGGACUCAACACCAACGACAAGCGGCUGCAGGACAUCGUGGUGAAGGGCGAGGAGAUCUUCAGCGCCAGCGAGGGCAUCCGCACGCGCUCCAAAAGUGCCAAGAACCCUGAACGCUGGACAAAUAUCCCUCUGCUGGUGAAGAUUUUCAAGCUGAUCAUUAACGAGUUGUCCUCAGUGGUGGAGGCCAACACCACCAGAAGUGCAGCUGCAGACUGGAGCCAUGAUUCAACAGAUAUGUGGGAGGAGCAGGAAGAUGAAGAGGAGGAGGAUGAUGAGGAUGAAGGCCCAGCAGGGCAGCUACUUUCAGACCUCAUUGCUUCUAAUAAAUAUGAUGAUGAUUACUAUGAAGAUGAUGAUGAGGAAGACCCUGAUGCCUUGAAGGAUCCUAUUUAUCAAAUAGAUCUCCAGGCUUACCUCACAGACUUCCUGACGCAGUUCUCCCAGCAGCCCUGUUACUCCAUGUUCUCCGGUCACCUGAACGAAGCCGAGCGCCGUGUUCUACAGUCCAUCGGCAUCUAACCUGCACCCCCAACCCCCCCUCCUUCCCCCCCAAGCCCAAACCGCCACCCCGACCCGCUCACUCUGCCUGUGGCAUUCACCUCUUUUCCCAAACUUUGGGGAGCUGUGUUGGAGCACUCCCCUGCCACACCCACCUCCACCCCUCCCUCACAGUCAGUGGAACUCUGGGAAAAUGAGUCUUUUUAAUGUGUGGAACCAUCAGCUCAAACUAAUUUCUGCAUCCAUAGGGGAGAAUAAUUUGUGUGAAAUCAGAGGGGUGACUGUAUUUGAAAUGGACUAUUAUCCAUGGUGAAGGGGGGUGGGAGAGGAGGAGGAGCAGGAGGAGGAAGAGUGAGUAGGGAGGGACAAGAGCAAGAACUGGCAAGUGAAAGAGUGGAUUUAUCCCAGCAAGUCCUCAGCAGUGCCAAGCGAAGCGUGGCAGAGAGAGCUUGGGAAGCCAGGUUGAACUGGGCUGAUCUUUGCAGGGCUUCAUGACAUUUCUGGAAUAUUCCCCCAUGCAUAUUUCCUGGGGGAGGGGGGGGGUGAUGGGGUUUGGCUGUGUAGAUAUGAACUCUUUACUGAAGGAGGGGUCUACAGAUGAACUGUUUCCUCGUCCCUCUGUGUCCUGCUUGCGGCUCCCUCUGCUGCUGUGUUUUUGUACUGCUCCAUGGCACCUGUGUGCGGAUCAAGAAGACAAAAGACUGCUGUGUUUGCGUUUGUGUGUGCGUGCGGCAGGGACUGUUAAUCUGAACUAAAGCGAGGCUAUUGGCUUGGUUAAUCCUCUGUUUUGUCAUUGGGAGAUCCAGCCUUUAGAUGACCCCAGGGGGGCGGGGUUGGAAGCGUUGGGGUCAGGGGGUGCCCAGCGGAAGUGCGAACUGCAAUGCUGUUGCUUCAGUGACACCCAGUGUCCAAAUUUCCAGCCACCCUCGGCAGCUUUCGCUGGUUUCUCUAAAUGAAGCCUGAAAGGCUGCCGUGUUCAGGCCUUUUCUGUACCUUAUCUAUCUCACUGUACUGUGCUGCAGGUGCUGGUACCAUGCACUCACUGCUGUGCUGCAGGUGCUGGUACCAUGCACUCACUGUACUGUGCUGCAGGCGCUGGUACCAUGCAACCAGGUCAUAGAGUAUGCAAUUCAUGGAAACACAGCCUCGCAUUUUGAUAAUUAGACCCUGAUGGAAAUUGGCUGAUAUCCACUAUUUUCUCUAAAAGUGUUGGUUAUUUUUAUAUAAUGUCCUGUAUCUUACUCUGUGCUGCUAAUUAAAAAAACACAAGGCCCAUUAUCAGAAAUGAGAUGGCCAAAAACUGAAGUCACAAAUUACAAUGCUCUCCCUUCAUUCAGUUAAAUAUGAACUUGUCCACAGUUUUCCUGCUGUGGAUAGUUUCCAUGGGUGACGCCAGCUGGGUGACCAUACCCAUGUAUGGUGCCCUAGUUUACCCUGAUGUCAAAGAACGUAAAAAAAUGGAACUUAAUCACCUUCACUCACAAAGGACUACGUCAGGUAGUGGGCUAGUGUGAUUUUGUGCUGUCCCAGAUGGAGGUACCCGAGAGCUUUGGGCGUCAGCCGGGAUUAUGACAGUGGAACUGAUGACUUGUAUCACAGUGAAAUAUGUGUUCAUUGGAAAUUUGUCGCCCCCUGUUGAUUCGAAUGACAAAUGAACACUUGAAUUGCUAUUAUAAGUUGUUUGUAAAAGUUGGGAUAAAAAUAAAUGAAAUGGAGCAUUCAA